UCUCUCUGUAAACUUGGCAAUCCCUGAGAAUUUCAGGCCUGCAGCGUAACUCUGCUGGUCCGACCAUUUUCACCGUCGCUGGUAACUCUGCUUUCCAGUGACUUAACCUUAUUCCCUUCUGGCCACAGCACUGACAGUAUAAGCAGAAACAUCUCCACUUGGCCGAAGACGAUAGACUUCAGUUACGGUUGCAGAAGCAAAAGUUUGUUCUUCCUCCUCUUCUUCUUUCUCCUCUUCCUCUUGCAUGAGGACAUGACUCUAAGGCCAUGACGUCCGACAUGGUGCAGGAGGAAGUCGAAGAAUCGGCCACUGUUCUUGAGCAACCUCAAGAAAUUAGCCUUCGCAGGGACUUAGUUGAUCUCGUCAAUCUCCUCAUCUCCUCCACCUACAUUCUCCGGUGCUUCCAGUCCAAAUGGCAACUCAUUCGCCUCAAGCUCGAGCAUCUCAGCUCCUCCCUCGCCGCCGCCGACCACUCUUCGAACAGCCCCCGGAUUCUGGACCUGCUGCAGUCGGUAGCUGCAACUGUGGGCGAGGCGCAGCGGUUGGUUGUCCGUUGCGCCGACGAGUCUUACAGCGGGGGGAAGCUUCUGCUCCGGAGCGACCUCGACGUGGUCGCUGCUAAGUUGGACCUCCACCUGAAGCGCCUCGAGGAGGUCUACGCCUCUGGGAUUUUGACGAUCGGCCGAGCCAUCGUCCUGUCGCGGCCGGACGCCGGCGCCAGCCGCGACGACAUCCGGUUUUACGUGAAGGAUCUUGUGUCCAGGCUCAAGAUUGGGGAUGUGGAGAUGCGGCUGCGGGCGUUGAGCGCGCUCAAUGAAGUUCUUCGCGAGGACGACAGGUACGCUAGAAUUCUGUCCGUGGAGGUCGCCGACGGCGUGGCUUCCCUGGUCACCCUGCUCGAGUACUGCGGGAGAGGCGACAUACAAGAGGAGGCUGCCGAGGCGGUCGCUGCCGUGGCUCGCUUCGACUCGCACAAGGCUGCACUCGUCACGGCCGGAGCCGUCGCGCCGCUGAUCCGCCUGUUGGAGACGUCGGGAAUAAGAAUGGUCGCUAAGGAGCGAGCGGCGAGCGCGCUGAAGAUGCUGACGGAAAAUUCCGACAACGCGUGGUCGGUCUCGGCCCACGGCGGCGUGCCGGCUCUCCUCAGCAUCUGCAGCGACGAGUCAAGUACCAGCGAGCUGGUGCGUUAUGCCUGCGGCGUGCUGCGAAGCAUCAGCGGCGUGGAGGAGAUCAAGCGGUACAUGGUGGAGCAGGGCGCCGUGGCGGCCUUCAUAAAGCUUACCGGGGCGAGUGACGAAGUGGCGCAAGUGCAAGGCAUUGAGCUUUUGCUCGCCGUCGCCUGCCACGGCGAGCAGAGCACGUCGGCCAGAGAUGGCGUGCUCGGGGCGCUGGUUCGGGUUCUCGACGCCGGCUCACCCAAGGCGAAGGAGGUGUCGCUGCGGGCGAUUGAGAACCUCUGCAUCACCUCGCCGAGCGUAGCGGUGGCAGACCACCUGGUUGUCUCAGGCUUCCUCGACCGCGCUCUGAUCUUACUGCGGGGCGGCGAGGUCAGCGUUCAGGAGGCGGCACUGAAGGCCGUGUCGCGCCUGGGGAGCGCGUCGGAGGCAGUGAAGCGGGCGAUGGGGGACGCGGGAUUCAUCCCGGAGCUAGUGCGACUCCUCGAGGCGCGGUCGUUUCAAGUGCGCGAGAUGGCGGCGGAGGCCCUCGCCGGCGUACUGUCGGUCCAUAAGAACCGGAAACGUUUUGUGAAAGAGGAAGAGAACCUGAACAGGCUGCUCCGGCUGCUGAACCCGGAGGAAAAGUCGGCCACCAAACGGUUCCUGGUGGCGGCGCUCGUGACGCUAACCGAUCACGGCACCACCGUUCGGCGCAGGAUCGCGGCGUCGGGCUGCGUCGAGCACCUGGAGAAGCUGGCGGAGACGGACGUGGCGGAGGCCAAGAAACUCAUCAAGAAGCUGUCGUCGGCCAACAGAUUCACAGCCAUCUUCGCCGGAAUUUGGAGCUCCUGAAUUCUAACUCUUCUCCAUCUUCCUAACUCCAAACUCAGCUUUCAAAUCUCCAAGAACAUCAAAUCUUUGUGUAAAUAUUCCAUCCUUGAAUCAAGAAAGAAAGAAAGAAAGAUGCUUCCAAACAUCUUUCACAAACACAAUAUCCAUUUCUUGAAUGUAAUUAACUAACGAUCCAAUUCCAAAGAUGAAUAUUGAGUAAGAAAUUGCAGGAAAUGGAGAUUGGGAUUGAGGAGCGAAAGAGGUUGGGGACAGGGUUCACGUGGGCAGUUCCACCACAUGCAGCUCAC